CCCGAGUACGAAGCUGCACUGCAGUAAAACCGCAGGAACUUCCGAGUACGGAUAUUUCCUAGCGUCCCCCCGGUCGGCCGACUGCGAGACCGGUGCAGUAGUAAAGAUCGAGUUCGGGUCGACAGUCCCGCAGUAGUAGAGGUAGACGCGGCGCAGUCUAUGCAAAAUACGUCUACGCGAAUAUAAUCGUGCUCAUAGUAUACGCAUCGAAUUGAUACAUCGUGGAACAGACGGUCUACGACUGUUCGACAAACUAGCGGGCGGAGGUGCGAGGUGUCCCCCACUUGUUACCUUACCGAGUUCCCACCACAGAAGCACCACCAUCGUGAUUCAAGUGCCGACGGCAGAAGAACGAGUCGAGACGUCAUACGCCGGGCAACGUUAACUUCACCGGGACAUAAAUAUGAUAUUUGACAACAUCAACGCAGUCUUCGACAAGUACCCUUCGUGUCCAGUCACAGUAGCACUGGAACUAAAUAGGAUAAGGCGUCCUGCGCACGCGGGAAUUGAGCUUCGCUUACGUAAUUUUUAAUUACUCAAGUUUCAUUUGUUUUUCCUUUUGUUUCGCAAACGUGUAAUACGUACGCGGUUGCUGCGAAUCGGUCACCGUGUGCGUGAAAUUCCGUAUCAUUGUAACCGUGUCCGGAAACAUGGAUCGUCGAUGGAUAAGUAACACGUGUUUUAUAAUUGAGAUAAUUUUCGCUCGACCACUACCGUUGGUUCGUUGAUGUCGGUACAUUUGCACGGGAAAGGUCGUAGCGCAACAACGACCAAGGCAUUGGGAUUUCGUAGUCCUGCGGAGAAUAUCUGACGGUGGUAUAUUUGCUCGAAAGUUUUUGUCACUUCUUGAUUUGAAAGCGUUGAAGACGAUGCGAGGCGAUGUACUUUGUGAUAAUAAUUAAAAAUAAAUCAAUCUCGUGUCUCGAAUACGUUAGAGUCUUGUGUGCCUAAGUGAUUAGAUGUGAUAAAGUAAUUAUACAACUGGAGUAAAUUGCACUAGGUUGAAUGCGCAAUAAAUAAAAUUGUGCCCGCCGCCUUACAAGAGUUCUGACAGUGCAGUGUGGUGGUUUCGCGCGCGCGGUUCCCCGCGCGCCUUUUCAUUCGUGCUUCGGUGCUACACCGGUAGUAGGGAAUUGUGAAACGGGAAGCGGAAAGUGGUCGUCGAGGUUCGGCUAAAAUGAGCCUGCAGAUCGCCACGGAUAGAUCGAUGGAAAUGGAUCCCAAGGACCGUUACGACGUAGACGUAGGAACCGCACAAUCGAUAUCCACCAAUGACGGCGGGGAUGGAAUUCAAGGGAAGGACAACGACACCGGUUCCUUGCAAUCGUUGUCACACCUUGAACCACCGGUGGAUAGCGUCUACAUGAUAUUCGGAGUACUGAUCGCCAUGGCCCUGGUCGGAGCUAUCAUCGUAUUGCUCGCCGUGACGAUCAGCAAACUCCGAAAACGAGAGGAUCACUCGAACUCGGUGCAUCCCGAACCAGCCGUCGUACAAACAGCGGCUGCGCCGGUUCCGGCAUCUGCAUCGCCCUCUGCGAACGGGACUCUCCAGUCCUGCGACGCUAUGCCACCGCAUUGCACGGAUUUCGGACCUUCCAGCGACCCGGAACUCGCCAGCUACGCCGGACAAAUUGUCUGGCAAUUUCCACCGCCUUACCCUCCACCGCACACACCACCGCCGCAGUAUUCGCUGUACAAUAACGACCAGGAUACACUUGUACACGCAUUACCUUCGGAGAGGGUCGGUUUCGCCAAAGGAUUCCGCAAGAACCUUGGCGGUCGCUGGCGCCGGCUGGUUAAAAGAAAACCGGAAAUGGAAGCAUGUUCUAUCCCACCUGAACUGAAAGAUCAACUGAAGACCAUCUACGUCUAUUGACCUCGAUAUCUUCCGUAUAUGUUACUUCCAUUCAGUAAUCAAUGCUUUCCCAUAUCGUAAGAUAGUUCAUAUUUCGUACCAUAUCAACAAAUAGAAUUGGUACGCCCGGGAACCGAGCGCAACGAGGCUCAGGUUGAACUUUGACUAGAAGAUUGAUUGGAUCAUUCGAAUCAAAAGAGUCGACAACAAUGGAGACUACGGGCAUGAAGCCCACGUAGCACGUACACAUCGCGAAGUGCCUAUAAUAAUAAAUGAAUGAAUAAAUCAAUGAAACUGCAACAGGCGAGACAUCGGACUGCGGGAAUAGCGAGCAUCUGGAAACGGAUGAGAAGAGCGAGCGAGAUAAAACAGAGGAAGAUGAGCGCAGAACAAGAAAGAAUCUCUCGAAUUUGAACCACGCCUGAUCGAGCGGUAACAGUGAGAUGAAUUACAUUCAGAAAUAGAGAAAAAUAAUCACGGCACAUUUGUACAAACUUCCAUUGAUAUCAAGACGGCUUCUCUGUAAGAACACACGGAGUUCUGGCCAACUGUGUGCCUUAAAACCGUAGAGCUAAAAGUUCACCGAUAAUCUGCACUCGUAGAAGCACAAAGAUGUUCAGAAGACAGUGAUGGCGCAAUGGACUUGACGAGACUGAAACGUAAAAAGUACGACGACAAAGCGAGCUGUGCCUCGUAGCUUUUGAGUACAUUUUUACGCGAUUAAAAAUUGAAAUCACUAUGUAUAGUAUUAUUCUGAACGCGAGCUGCCCCGAGCCGCGGCCGGGCAGCGCUAUCUCUUAUGUAAAUAAAUGUAUAAAGCAAUAAUUACGAUUCUUAUAAAAAAAAAAAAAAAAAAACAAACGUUGAUGUUCCCGAAAUUUGUAUAAGAAUGUCGCGCGUACGCGUAUUAUGAAAUUAAUUUGAUUGAUUGAUUGAAUAAUUAUUUAAUUGGGGUAAGCGGUCUCUAAGUGGCACGUUUAGAACUUCCUUGCCCUGCGUUGAAACAGUGUAGCAUUUUAUUGUAUGAUUUUCAACACAGGCUAGGUUAAGACUAUUUUAACUAUUACGACGACUCAUAUUGAGCCAUAAUCUACGAUGAACAGCUACCAUGGUAUUUUUUAGUAAAAUUGUUGUAUUGUCCAAUACCCAUAUCUUAGAACAUUAAGCCGUCAAUCAGAUAUAUGAAUAUAUAUUUUGUUUUGUGUCUACGUUUACACGCACUUUUAUCCGUAUAUGAACGUUGUUGCGUAUGUAUAAAUCAUUAGACAUGCGAAGAAAGAAAAAAAAAGUUGUGUAGCUAGACGAAUUGCCGAUAGCUGUGUGAUUCGUUAAAAUUUUUACUCCGUUAAUUAUUUGUCGGCUUAAUAGCAUCAAAUUUUACACGCAAGAGUCGAUAUUCCGGCCGUAGUAUUUCUGUUUUAUUUUUUUGUUCUUUUCUUUUGUUCUAAUAGUUAUAACUGAAUCGUUAUUUCUGAUCUUCAAGUUUGUUCUCAAUCUCGAUAUUAGCAUGAUGCCACAGAAAAAUGAGGAAACUAUACAGAACCAAUAAUGUGCCUAUGUAUACUUUCAUAAUAAGAAAAUUUCGUAGUUCUAACAACAUGAGCUGCGUGCUCAUCACCUAGUCACUUGUUUAUAUUAUCAAAAGAUCCUAAUGUUAGAAACUUCCUACGCAAUUUGCCAACUUUCAAAUAUCACAAUACAACAAUAUCAAAUAAACUAUCUCGAGAAAAGUUA